GAUUGGAAAAUGAAAGCAAGUCUGUGCUUUACAAGGGAAAGUCCGUACAAGAAAGAAACAUUUCUCUGCAGCUGCCUGUGAGGUGAAUCAUGAAUCAGGUUGUUCUCACACUGCUGUGCGCUCUGCUGUUUGGAGUGAGUCUUACACACUCUGCAGGACAUGGAGCGGGGCUUUCACCACGAUGUUUAUGCAGAGGCAGACUGCUGAAAUCAGUGAAGCCCGGAUACAUUCAUGUAGUUGAAUUAUUCCCACCAAGCCCCUCCUGCUCAAAGACCGAGAUUAUACUGACUCUCAAAGGAAAAGGAAAAGGAAAAGGAAAAGGGAAGGAAAAGAGAUUAAAGGUGUGUUUGCAUCCGUAUAAGAAGCAAGGACGGAGAUUAGUGGAGGGCAAAGGGAUACAAAACAAAAAGCAAAAGAACAGAGGAAGAAAGGGGAAGAAUUAGAAGUCUGAUGACAAGGAUGACUAGUGGAAUUAUUUUUCUUUAUUUUUCUUUCUGUUUUGUGAUUUACAAUUUUUCUGUGAUGAAACUAUAAUGAUACAGGCUAAUUUUGAUUGAUGGCAGUAAAUGUUUUGAUCUCUAAGAAAUUAUGACCACCAACACUGUUUUGAAUAAAGUAUUGGAUAGCUUGUGUCCAAAAUUAUUACUCUA